UCUUUUCAAAAGCAAACUCAACUAUUGGAGUAAACAAGGAGUUCCCGGCCCACCAGCAAGUCUGCUUCGGCUGGGCAACUUGAUUGAGUAUGAAACAUCCGAUUCCACCCGCCUAGAACUCGAUUGGGCCCAGAAAUAUGGUCAAGUUUAUGGCGUAUAUUUUGGCACUGAGGCCAUUCUCACCGUGACUGAUCCUGAACUAGUCAAGCAGAUUUUGGUCAAAGACUUCCACAUUUUUGUCGAUCGCAGAAACUUGAACACUAUGCACGAACUAGUUAACAACGGACAGUUUUUUGCUCAAGGCUCUUCAUGGAAACGCAUUCGAACAAUCACAGGACCAACCUUUACAUCGGCCAGACUGAGGAAGAUGCUUCCGCUGAUGAACAAAUGCGUUGAGCAGUUAAAAGAGUACCUGAAUAGGCAAAUUCAAGAAAAUGGCGGCGUGAUUCAGGCUAGAGAAGUCUGCACAGGUUUUGCCAUUGAUGUCAUUUCGAGCACUGUUUUUGCCACAACAACUAAUGCCAACAGCUCACAUGGCAAAGAGAACGCUGUGAUCACCAGUGGCAUGAACCUCUUUGAUUCACCCUAUCUUCGAAUCAUCUCAUUUCUGAUUUUUCCACGGUGGUUUAAUAACAUCACUGGCAUUCGCUACCCGUUCAAUAAGGACAGUUUUGAGUAUCUCUCCAGUAUGGUGCGGGAAAUCAUUCGACAGCAAAAACUGAACGGUGCCAAGGGAAAUCGCCACGAUUUUGUGCAACUGCUAAUGGACACUUUUGUCGACGAGUCAGAGUUAGCAGACGGAGGAUUUGAAAAGUUAACUGCUCAAAUUGACUUACCUGAUGAUAGCACCAAAAACAAUCAGCAGAAAAAGGUCAUCAACAAAGCCACGCUUUCAGUUGAUGAAAUCAUUGCACAAUGCUUGGUCUUUUUUGUCGCGGGCUUUGAAACAACCAGCGCUUCAAUCACCCAUUGUCUUUUUGAGUUGGCAUCAAAUCAAAGCAUUCAGCAAAAACUGAAAGACGAAGUGCAAGAAACACUGGCUGAUUUGGAUGCGAACUCUGAUCUCUACUAUUCGACCAUCAUGACUAAAAUGCCCUAUUUGGAUGCGGUAGUUCACGAAACUCUGAGAAAGUACCCGCCCAUAAAACGAAUUGAGAGAAAACUCACCGGGGCGGAUGAGUAUCGCAUUGGUGGUGCACUGCUCAAGAGGGGCAUGAUGGUUAAUAUUCCCACUUUGGCGAUUCAUCACUCGGAAUCAUUUUAUUCCGAUCCACAUCUGUUCAUCCCGGAACGGUUUUUGCCAGAGAACAAGGAUAAACUGGUUCCCUACACGUACCUGCCCUUCGGAGCAGGUCCACGCAUCGGCAUGAGAUUUGCUUACCAGGAGAUCAAGUUGUGCAUUGCCAAGAUGAUAGGUGAAUUUAACUUUCAAACAACUCCUAAAACACCUGUCAAACUGGAAUUUAAAAAGUUCAAGCCAACUUUAAAUGUGAAACCAUUUGAACUGAAA